AUGAAUCAAAUAUUGUGGAAAAUCACUCAACUUAUGUUGGAAAGAACCUUCAGCAGAUUCUUGUGGUAUGGGAAUAGGAAAAAUAGGAUCUGGGCAAGCUUGCAGAAAGCUGCCAAACCUCUAUAUGCUGGGGCUUUAGGCUUUAAGGGAUUUGAACAGUUACACCAAAUUAGCAUGUGUAAACUUUGGCUGAUGUUCAAACAGAAUGACAACCUUUGGCCAAAUUUCAGGCACUCCAAGUAUUGCAGAACUGAUCAUCCUAACCAGGUGAGGGCCAAACUGGGAGACUCUAUGACCUGGAAACAGAUGCUGAAAAUGAAGGAACAAGAUGAAAAUCUCUACACUUGGGAGUUGGGUCAAUGUAACAUCAACUUUUGGCAGGAAAAAUGGUGCCCAGAGAACACUAUUGAACCUUUGGAUGAGAAUUUGGACAAGAACAUAAUGGUGAAGGAUUGCUGGGAGGGGCAGAAGUGGUCUCAGGAAGUACUCCAAAAGGUUAUCACAGAAAACUCCAUGAGGCAGAUAUCUAAACUCCAAUUUGAUAGAAAUAAUAAGGAUAGGAUGAUUAUAAAAGUUAACUCAACCCAAAGUGUGACCCAAGCCAUUUACAAUCAGUUGUUCACCCAGGAGGAAACCUCUUGGGGUGAAAAUCUGUGGAAAAAAUUCUUAUCCCCCUCAAUAGCUUUCUUCUAUUGGAGAGUGCUGAAUAACUUAAUCCCUACUGAUGACAUUCUCAAGUUAAAGGUCUUGAAGGGGCCUUCAAAAUUCUAUCUCUGCCAGAACAGUGAAGAGACAGCUACUCAUCUUUUUUUUCAGUGUGACUUCUCCAAGAAGGUUUGGGGAUCCCUGACAAUUAAUUUCCACAUCAACACUAUCAACUUGGGAUGGGAACAACUUAAGAAGUGCUGGUCAAACUGGAAAGAUCAGAUCUGCAGUAAAGUCAUUAAAGUCGACUGGAAAAAACCCAGUUAUCCUCACCUUAAAGUUAGCACUGAUGGAAGCUUCACAACCCACACAGCAGAAUUUGGAGGGGUAUUCAGAGAUUACAAAGGCAGAUGCAUAAUUUUCUUCAAAGCUUCAAUUAUUGUUGAAGAUGCCUUGAAAGCUGAGGCAGGUUCUCUUUACUGGGUCAUCAAAAUGGCAGUCAUAAACAGAUGGACACAAAUUCAAGCUGAGGUUGAUUCCUUUAUGCUGAUUGAGUAUAUGACAGGUAUUGUUGUACCUCCAUGGCAUAUCCAACAGUGGAUUAUUAAGAUAAAACAUCUUAACAAGGAGAUACAAAUCAAUUAUUGUUUUACCUAUAGGGAAGGAAACAAACUAGCUAACUACCUAGCUAUUGAAGGUGCUGAGUCCCAAAGAGUAACUGUUGCUACUCUGACCUGUUAA